CUAAAAAUAGGAAAGCCACGUACAGCAUGCGAGAUGUCACGAGAUUUGCAAGGAACUUCGAUUUAUUUAUGUUCUUCGUUAAGUUCAUAGCUAUAUACAUUAUGCUUUAUUGAUGUAAAACCCCAAAAUCCAAAUUAUCAUUGUACAUGAUUUAUAUGGAGCUAUGAAUGUUAUUGAUUAUGGACAGACAACCGAAGACCAUCAAAGUCUAUUGGUUCUGGUAAAACACACAGGACUGGUACUCUCUCAGCAGAAGUUCAGAAAACUAUGGGAGCGGAUUCAAAAGUUAAACACUGUUAGCAUUCCAGGGCAAAAACGAAAUGCUUGGGUUAGAUAUAAACAGGAUUAUCCGAAGGAGAAUAAUGAGUGGGGAGAUUUCCAGGCUCACAGGAAGGUGUUAGGCCUGAUAUCAGUUGGAGAGUGUAGCACUGUAGAGGAGUUUGAGGAAUUGUUUGACAGUUACAAGUGUGUCAAAGAAGAGUAUGCAAAUACAUUGUAUAAUUCACGUCUCAUCGUAUUGGGAAUGAAUAGAGAUGGUACACCUUUGAGUGAAGAAAUUGAUGAUCAGUCAUCACAGGAGAGGGCUGAUAGUGAAGACAGCGGUGUUACCUCAGAUGUCAGUCCUUCAGACAGUGUUGUUGAGCCAAGCAAACCUUUUCUCAAAGAAUCAAAAAGUGACCCAUCAAGUUCAAUGACAAAGGAUCGGGAUGGUGAAAUCACUUUCAUUAAUAAAAACUUACUGAAAAAACAGGAAAGUAGCCCAUUGUACUCCAAUUCUCCAAUCUCCACUCCCCCUGGGACUCCUCCCUGCCGAAGACCUCACAGUAACAGUCUCACCAAAGAAAGCACUGGUGCUGAAGUGCUGUUCUUUCCAAGUAUUUUGGACUGCCAUGAUUUAGAGGAGAAAUUGAAAGAAUUUGUUGUUUCAUUAUUUUUUGUUUUAGAGGGUAAGCGACUAGAUCGUUCUUUUGAACGGCAUGACAGGAUUCAGCUUUUGUGUGCACCAUUUGAAAGAAAGGACUAUGUUGGAUUAGACACAGACACCAAGUCUUUCCGAAAAAAGUGUCAAGGAAGAUUACGGAAGCAUCUUGCUGACUUAUGUUUACAAGCAGGGCUUCCAGGGGAGGCUAUUUUGCAUUAUGAAACUGCAAUAGACAUUUUACGUCCAGUCAAUGAUGCCCUUUGGAUAGGAGCUUGUUAUGAAGGUCUUUCAUCAGCUGCUAUCGCUGUCAACUUCCCAAGAUCAGCUGCACUGUCUGGGCUACGCAGAAACUUUUAUUCACUCUCAGCAAAGCGGGGCUCUUCAAUGUUGACUGAAGCCAAAUUGAGAGCUGGUAGUUUAAACAGCAAAAGCAAUGGAAUGGAAAGUGUGCCUGAGCAUUUGUCUAAGGUGGUGCCGGAUCCCACUGACAUCAUUGAAAAAUACAGGGAAGCUUUGGUUAAUUACGCCAAGUUCAGAAGUGCAGCAAUGAUUGAGAUAGAACUUUGUUUGAAAGCCUGUAGAUUUCUUACCAUGCAAGGGAAAUGUCUUCAAGCUUCCUCCUUUCUACAGAAUGUCAUUUACACAAACUACAACAUCAGUGAGGAGGAUAAGAUAAUCAGAUACUGUACGCUCUCUGAAUUGUAUUCUGAUAUUGGAUUUCAUCGAAAAGCUGCCUUCUUUAAACGAAUUGCAGCCAUGCAAUGUGUGUCGUCCUCUCAGGCUACGCUACAGAACUGGGGUCAGUGCUACAGCCUUCUGAUUCAGGCUCUGGAAGGUUACAACAUACAUCAUAGCCCUAAAGACAAACUUAAAGGUUCUCAUUCAGGAUGGCCCAUACUGCAAUCAAGAGUGCUUAAUGAACUCAUUUUUUCUGCUCGCAAAAUGGGUAAAAUACCAUUUGCAAUCAGACACACUACCUUCAUGAUACACUCCUUACAUCAGUAUUUGCCAGUGACAGAGAAGAAGGACAUUUGCCGAACGCUUGAGCAGUUGACUGCCCAGUCGGAUGGGAAUUCCCAGUCUCUUGUCCUGGACAAUGGCAUGAUACUACCCCCGAUACCAUUUACCAGUGUACCUUAUGUUAAGUCUUUCAAACUGAUCAGGAUGCAACCACAUCUGGAGCCAGUCAAAUUAAAGAGACAAGGAGAAUCCACUAAUUCAGGGCCUUUCAUCUUUACACCAUUAAAUUUAGGAAUGCAGAGAAAUGCCAAGGAGGAGGGGGAAAUUGACUUUUGUUUGGUGGCCCGUGAUGUAUGUGAAGUGCAGUUACAAGUUUUCAAUCCAUUACCAGAUGAACUGAAAGUGAACCAGAUGGGCUUAAUAGUGGAUGGAGUGGAAAUGGAGACCUACCCCAGUAACCCCUCCAUCCCAGCAGAGACUGGGCCUUAUCUAGUCAAGUUGUUAUGUCGACCCAAGACCGAGGGAGAAUUGGUUAUCCUAGGUUACUUUACCAACAUCAUGGGUGUCAAGAGUUACUGUAAACUGAGGGAUCUGGAGCAGAUGAACUUUGACAAACUUAUUGUCAAUGUUGUCCCCCAACUUCCUCAAAUCCAGCUAACAACUUCAUUGCCCAAGGCAGACAACUUCCUGUCCGGAGACAACAGUGAAUAUGUUGUGACAAGUGGAACAACAGUCUUGUAUUCAGGACAAAGCAUAGAAUGCCUGGUCACAAUACAAAACAAUAGUUUCCAGCCAGUGGAGCAUGUGGAUGUAGAAACCAUCUGUAAAACGGAUGAGAAAGACUUUUUGUCCCAGGUUUUCCAGUGGAGUGUGGAAAACAUUCAGUCUCAGCUGCCAUUACAGCUCAAUGGCAUCAUGUGCUUUACUCUAUGCAUUAAUGGGGUGUCAGAAUUUCUGUCUGAAAAUUCAAGUGAAACUGCUGAAGCACAGUGUGUGGAGUGCCUGCUGCGUGUUGAAUACAGUGGAGGUCCGGGGCUUGAAGCCAGUUACUGUCGACAGUGUGCUGUCAAUUUGUCAGUUGAUAUAUAUCCGUCUGUAAUCAUCCAAGCUUGGGAUACACUUCCUGCUGAAAGGUGUGAUCAUUGUUACCUUUUCUUCAACUUCCUUAAUGCAACAGACGAAGGUCUUUUGAUAAAGCAUUCUACUGAAGAGGCUGUUCAUAUCUUGCCAGGAUGCACUGAAUGGAUAGCAAUUGAAAUAGAAAGAUGUGAAUUUCCCUCAUUGCCAGAUUCAACUCAUCUAAGAAACCGUGUGAAACAAAACCAAACAGCAAACCAUUAUAGCACAUAUUUGAAUCAGUUCAUAGAUAUCCGAUGGGAAAUUCCCUCUAUAAAGGCCAAUGGGAAAGUCUCCAUAGACUAUAUUGAAUGGUCUGAAGAGCAACUUAAUCAGAUUCGGAUUUCUCCAAUUGGAUGGGAUGUAAAGCUGAAUGGUGCAUUUUUCCCCUUGAAGGAAGCUUUGAAUUCAUCUGUGAGAGACUGUGUUGAUGUUGUGGCAAGUGUGACCAUUAAUACAGAUGAGUCCUGCAACAGGAGUGCCUUACUUUAUGUAACUUGCUACCAAGGUGAAGAGGACGGGGAUAAUGUAACAGUUGUUGGAAUCAACAGUGCAUUUUUUGAAACAAUAUGUGAAGGCCAGGUCAUGUCAAUCAAUCCCUCAUUCUUAAUACAUUGUGAAGGGACAUACACAAUUGACGUGAAAUGUGUGAUCAGAUCAUCUUCAGGAGAGGACGCAGAGCAGACAUUUCACUAUCAUCCAGUCCAGUUGAAUGUGAUCGAGGUAGAAGAUUGAACUCGCUGAUGUGUGUGUGUACUGAACGCUUGUGAUAGAUGAGUUCACUUCCAGCAGGAGUGUGGAUAUAUUUUCAACAAAUAUGAGCGAGUGCGAUUUGGUUUGCAUUAUUAAAGUGUGCAUCUGUCAUUGAGAGUAACAGCAUUAUUUGUAUUUCAGAAAGAACUUAUCUUUUGUAUCUAGUGGGGCUGAAUUGUAUAUGUUCAUACUGGAUAUUUCUUUUUACUAUAUUAUUUGGUGCUCAAACAUUUUGAUUUCCAAUUAAUUUUGCCAAUUAAGAUAAAUCUUCUGCAUGUCACAUUAAAUGUGGAUAUGUUGAAAAACUGUUGACUGUGAUUUAAAAGGCAUUUUUAUUUCAGUCAUGCAACUCUUUAAUUUAUGUAUUGUUAACAAUUAUUAUUACUUUGUUAUUUAUGUAAUAAAUAAAUUGUAUACACCAUU